ACAAAAAGGUCACUCAUCGCGAUAAGUAGUUAUCAGCUGGGCCUGGGCUGCCUGUAAGCAUUCUUCCAGCCGCUGGAACGCCACAUUUCGCUACUAUCUUUUGCGUCUGGUGGUCAGAAUAACAGGCGGACAAAAGUUUUGUUUCAGAUCCGAUCCCAAAAAUGUUCCGACAGGAUGUGUCCAUCCUAGUGGGCGUCACCAUACUCUGUCUACUGGGAAUGUCCACAGGUACCAAUUACCAGUACCAGAUCAAGUUUCUCGAUGUGCCUUUGGACCACUUUAGCUACGUCAAUGACAGCCUCACUUUUAAGUUAAGGUAUCUGAUCAACGACACCUACGACCCAACCGGAUCUGGUCCAAUUCUAUUCUACACCGGAAAUGAGGGUGACAUUGAACUGUUCGCUCAGAACACUGGUUUCAUGUGGGAGAUUGCUCCUAAAUUGAAGGCUUCGCUCGUUUUUGCCGAACAUCGAUUCUACGGCAAGACGCUUCCGUUUGGGAAUGCUUCCUACGAGUCCCCGAAACACCUGGGUUACCUGUCGUCGGAACAAGCGCUGGCAGAUUUCGCCCAUUUGCUAACUGAGAUUAAUCCCAUUGUUCCGGGUCGUCGGAAUCGGCCAGUGAUAGCUUUCGGUGGUUCGUACGGUGGGAUGUUGGCUGCCUGGAUCCGUAUGAAGUAUCCCCACUUGGUGAAUGGGGCCAUUGCUGCUUCGGCACCAAUUCGGCAGUUCUAUACCGAUUGUGGCAUUUUCAAUCAGAUCUUGACCACGGUUUUUAAAACGGCUUACAAAGAAGAGUGUGCUUCAAAUAUCGCAAGGUCUUGGGAUGCCCUCCGAAAUUAUUCUUCAACAGCCGAGGGAUUGAAAACGUUGCAGGAUAAGUUCAAGUUUUGUAACAAUGUUACAAAAGCCGAAGACAUCACUGGAACGUUUUUCGAUUAUAUGAAUGACGUUUACGGGAACCUGGCUAUGAUCAAUUAUCCUUACAAUAGCACCUUCCUGGCCCCAGUUCCGGCAUAUCCAGUGAGAGAGUUCUGUGGGCGUCUGGCGCAGAACUACACCGGACUAGAGCUGAUAAACCAUCUGCAAGAUGCCUUGAGUAUCUACACCAACUACACCGGAACGACCAAGUGUCUGAACAUCGCAUCGGCCUACGACAGCAAGAUGGGAGACCAGGGAUGGAACUUCCAGUCCUGCACCGAAAUGUACAUGCCAAUGUGUGCCAAGGGACCCGGCAAGGAUAUGUUUCCGAAGCAGCCGUGGGACGAUAAAAAGUACUCGGACAAUUGUUUCAAACAGUUCGGGGUGCGACCUCGCAACAAGGCUGCUCUUGCCAUCUACGGUGGACAAUAUUUGGAUGACGCAUCGAACAUCGUGUUCAGCAACGGGCUGAUGGAUCCGUGGUCCGGAGGUGGUGUCCUGCGUUCAAAUAAUCCCAGCAUCACGGUGAUUUUGAUUCCGGAAGGUGCACACCACAUCGAUUUACGUGCCGCAAACGAAAAAGAUCCCGGCUCGGUCAUCGCUUCACGUCAGAUCCAUUUGCAAAACAUCCAAAAGUGGAUCAAGCAGCACUCCAAACGGCGAGUCUAGAGAAUCGCUCUUUGCGUGCCAACUUUCUUAAACAAACAAACAAAGGUUAAUCCCCCGGAUAAAAGGAUCUGAGGACCACUUUUUCCAAACCCAGAUGAACUCAGUGCUUUCGGAACAAGAACAAUUAGACUUAGCUAACCAUGUCAGAAGAAAAACUUAUAUGUAGUGAUAGAUAGUUUUCCAUCAAAUUUGAAAGCAAUAAAAUACUUAUAUUCGUAAAAAAACAUAAAGUUUAAAUCCACAAA